AUGGCGGACGGCGCGGCAGUAAUUGGUUCUAGCAAGCAAAUAAAACUCGAGCUCUUGGGAAUUGCCUUGAAAUCGUAUGACUGGGUGACUAACCACAUCGAAUUGUUCGAAGCGGGAGAAUGUGAUCUGUCCUUAAACACGCUCAUCAGUGUGGCUUCAAAGCACCUCGUCGCUAUUGAAAAUUGGCAUUUAAAUUGCAUGAGCGUCGAUGCUUCGGAUCUCGAAUGGAGUGAGAUAUUCCGGGACGCCAUACCGAGCAUCUACAAGUGGAUCGGGCGCUGGCGAGACGCCGCCACUGAGGCUGCUUCCCUUGGGUUGGGCGGCUAUAUUUCAUGCAAAUACUGGAAGCAAAACAUUGAGCUGCCCGAAGUGAUCACCAAGGCCCGAAAGUGGUUCGCUCUGGCGGAACAGCUGGUGAAAAAGCUCCCGUUGCCGCGAAAAUCGAUCAUCAAAGGCCAUACUUUCAUAUCCGCCGUCGCUAAGUGUCGGAGGUUUUGGCCCCGGUACCGGUGCUUGUCCAUAGUAGGUUGGGUCCACAAAUGGAGUUUGCUACUGGCGAAGUGGGCUCAUACGCGCGCGUAUUUCAAUAAAUGUGAGUUCGAUGCUCACUACCUCACUCUAGCCGAGGCUCAAGACGCCCUCACGAGGCUCGAAAAACAGCAGACGGCGUUCCGCGCGAUUAUGCUCAAAAAGCGGACGUGCGCCCACUGCGGGACGACGGGUCCUCUCUCUCAGAGAUCGUUCGCCUAUUGCGGUGGUUGCCGGGACUCGGGCGUCGCGCGCGUAGACUGGUCGCGAUACUGCAGCGAGGCGUGCCAGCGCGCGCACUGGGUCGCGGGGCACAAGGACGAGUGCCCGUGCGCGCAUUGA